AUGGCUCGCGCUCCUGCCAGCCGCCGCUCAUGGCUGCGAGGAAAGACAAAGAAGCGCAUGAGACAGCUCCUGGAGCUGCUGAUGAUAAUGGUGCUCAUGGACGAAGGCGAUCCCCCUCAGACCCGGGAUAAGUUCGUGCGCCGCGAGCGGAGGAGCUGGUACACCUACGCCAAGCCCAUGGUGCAGGAUGGCACGUUCAGGCUGCGCUUCCGCAUGGACUACACAGAGUUCGCGCUUCUCGCGGAUAUGUUGCGGCCGAAGCUUGAGAGGAACGAAAGGAUGGGUGCUCUACGCAACGGGGUGAUCCCGGUAGAGUUUCAGCUAGCAAUGGCACUUCGUUUCCUUGCAGGUGGUAGCGUUUUCGAGGUGAUGGAUGGUAACGUGAUCGCCAGAAGCACAGCAUACGCGAUAGUGCACCGUGUCAUCGACGCCAUCAACCAGACGCGAGAGCUCGAUUGUGUUUGGCCUGAAGGGGAGGACGCGUUGGACCAGUGUGGCAUGUACCGGCGGCGGAGCACGAACGGCGUCAUCCGUAUGUGCGUAGGAGCGAUGGACGGGCUGUUCGUUCGCAUGACGCAACCGUCUUUGAGGAGGCACGUCAACCCUCGCAGCUUCUACAGCGGGCACAAGAAAGGCUUCGGCAUGAACUUUCAGGGUGUGUGCAACGCGCGAUACGAAAUCAUCGCGUGGACCAUGAACUGCCCUGGAAGCUGCAACGACCGCACAGCAUUCAAGCACUCUGUUUUUGGAACGGUCCUGAAAACCCUGCCCCCCGGCGCCUACAUUGUCGGCGACGCUGCCUAUCCGGCCUCUGACCAAGUCCUCGUGCCGUACCCAGGGACUUCCCUCACGCGCAGCCAAGACGCGUACAACUUCUACCAGUCUCAGGCCAGAAUUUCCAUCGAGCAGGCGUUCGGCAUCAUGGUCAAGACAUGGGGGAUAUUGUGGCGGCCGCUGGACAUGCGACUUGAGCGGGUGUCGUCGGUCAUCAACUCCGUGGUCCGCCUGCACAACUUCCUGCGUCGGCGGAGAGCGAGGAUCCCACGGAGCCCCUGGAGGGUCACCCAACCGGUGGAGGUACGAUUCCGCCCGGACGGGAGCCUCGAGGGCACCUACUUCGACACUGUCCCUACACGUGGAAGACAGACGAGGGGGGGGAGGGCUAGCGCCCCGCGCGAGGCCAUUCGCCAGUACCUGGAGCAGUACUCGAUCGGGCGCCCGAGGUGGAACCUCCAGCGCAACUCGGGUUAG